AUGGCGGCUCAACGAGCAAUCAUUAUCGACGACACUGAUUCCAGGAUACAGUACAGUGGCUCAGGUUGGUCUCCAACCAAAGGCGGUCAGGAUAAUCUUGGAAAUUUUGGAGCUCCCUACAAGGACACACUGCACGGAACAAACGUAGAUGGGAGCCUGUCGUUUAGCUUCACCGGAACAAAAGUAACCGUAUUCGGUACAAAUAAUCUUCGCAACGACUCGGGCGUCCUAGACCCUACUUGGGAGUGCUUCAUUGACAAUAACAGUAUAGGAAACACACCUGCAUUUCAGUUUCCAGAAAAUAAUUGGAUAUUUUGCGAAGCCGACGGACUUUCUGACGGUCCACACAUCCUUACUGUGAACGCGUCUGUGAAAAAAGGGCAGACCUUUUGGUUCGACGACAUCCAAUAUGUUCCUUCGAGUUCGGUCUCUCUCGAUAAUACGGAAAUUGUCGUCAAUAAUCAGGAUUCUGCCAUACAAUACGGGAAUGGAUGGGUUUCUCUUGGUAACAACGCCAAUGCCACGCAAAAUACCAACUCAAUUUUCACAUUCAACUUCGUCGGUGUAUCUCUAAGCUGGUACUCCUUCAUACCGACGGAAUACCCGCACGGUGCCUCACUAGCGAGUUACUCCGUUGAUGGCCAAGCUUCGACCCAAUUCUCGAUAGGUCCAGCGCAGGGAUCUACUACUGUUUACAACCAGAUAUUGUUUGAAACCCCUCAAUACUCAAUGGGCCCGCACCAGAUUGUUGUUACGUACCAUGGCAGUUCUUCGACAACACCUUUGGCUCUCGAUUUCAUGAUUGUUCAAAAUGGAACUUCACCAGUUUCCGGAACUCCCGCUCCCGCUCCCUCUCACUCUCCCUCCUCUCCCUUCUCCUCUUCCUCCUCUUCCUCCACCUCCACCUCCUCUUCCUCUUCUUUUUCCUCUUCAUUUCCCCAAUUCCCCUCCUCCCCCACCAUCGCCUCCCUUUCCUUUACCACCGCCACCUCCUCUUCCCCGUCUUCAUCAGUGUCACUAACUAGUAGCGGCGAUACAAAUUCAGCAGGGUCACGCUUCUCGAGUAAUGUUGGUGCCAUCACAGGUGGAGUUGUCGGUGGAAUAGUGCUCAUCAUAAUGGCCAUCUUGGCCGUAAUCUAUUUUCGUCGAUGGGAUCGAAAGCAACGCUCCACCGCUUUGUACAACCACACGGGCCAAGAAUCUGGAAAUGCUGUCGAUCCAUUUCAACUGACUCCCAGUCUUUGGUCCUCUCCAGCCAGCUAUUCACAGUACACAUCUGUCCCGAAUAACAUGGGCGAUUCGAGGCAGCAUCAGCCUAUUCCGAAUCAAUCCACUUCCGACAUCAACUUUGCUGUGCCACCGAGCUCAACUUCCAGUCGAAAGAAUCUUCUGGCGGGAAGCAGUCAUGACGAUACUCCGACCCCAUAUUCUUCUACGCCAACAAAUGACUCGCAUGUCGGCAACAACUCUUCAAUGCAAGGAGAGAUGUCUUCAAAGGCAAUGCGAGAGAUUGAAGCUGUCGCAGCUGUUCGGCUUCAACCACUACGACACUCCGCACAUCCUACUAUAUAUACAGUGGCAGAGUCCGUACCGCCCAUGUACUCCGCUGAAUGA